CUUGGACAGUCGGGCUGAAUGUGUUUAAUAUCAUAGCCGCUCCCCUCCUGGGCUCCGCUUUAACGGGGAAUUAUUGUGUGGAUGUGUUGUGGACACUACCUACUGGACUCGUUCAAAUCUCUCGCUUCUAAGACUCAGUGACGUGUCUUAGCUUAGAAGUCGGUGGAAGCCAGGAUCUUCAUCAGGUUGAUGUGAUGAGGGGGCUCGGGGGCCUUGCUGUUGGGCUCCUGCCGGCCUUCUUAUCUGCUGCCUUUGCUGUUUAUAUUCCUCCUGAGGUGGAGCAGCUGCCAACAAUCACCGUCCACCCUCCAAAAUCUCUCAUCGCCCUGCCAUUUGAUGAAAGUAUCACUCUGACCUGUGAAGCCAAAGGAAACCCAAAACCAGUGUUCCGCUGGACUAAGAACGGACAAGACUUUUACCCCCAUCUGGAGAACAAGCUGAUAAAGUUCGAGAACAGUGGGAGUUUUGUGAUACCAAACAACAAAGGCCUGGCGAAAUAUCAGGGCAAGUACAGAUGCUAUGCCUCCAACAAGCUGGGGACAGCAGUGUCGGAGGAAACUGAUUUCACUGUGCCCACUCCACCCAAGUUUCCAAAGGAAAGGAUAGAGCCAGUGGUGGUGAAAGAGGGAGAUUCUGUGAUCCUGGAGUGUAAUCCCCCCAAAGGCACUCCACCUGUACAGCUCUACUGGAUGACUAUGGGUCUUCAGCACAUUGAGCAGGAUGAAAGGGUGUCCAUGGGCCUGAAUGGAAACCUCUACUUCUCAAACACUCUGGUGAAAGACAGCCGCAGCGACUACUGCUGUUUCGCUUCCUUCAGUGCGAUUCGCACCAUCGUGCAGAAAACCGCCAUGGCUAUCGCCGUGACGCCCCUUAACUCCAGCAGCAAGACAGAAGUCAGGGGUUUAGAGAGGAAGCCAAACCUUCUGGUGCCCUCUGGUGAUCAGUCCCAAAUAAACCUAGUGACAGGUGAAGAGCUGGAGCUCGAGUGCAUUUCAGAGGGAUUCCCCACGCCAAAGAUAGAGUGGACCAAGCUGGGAGAGAAGUUGCCAAAACGUUCCAACAUCAAGAAUUAUGGAAAACUACUGACUAUAUCAAAAGUCACAGAAGAAGACAGUGGGAAAUACAUGUGCAAGGCCAAGAACUCCGUCGGUGAAACUGUCCACUACUUUCACGUUGAAGUCGAAGAGCCUCCACGGUGGAUAGAAGAGCCAGUGAGGACUCAGGUAGUGACGAUUGGAUCUGAUGUCCACAUUAAGUGUCAUGCUGCAGGGAAGCCUCCACCUGCUAUCACCUGGCUGAGGGACGGCAAACCUCUCCACGAGCUCUCCUCACUCCACAGCAAAGUACAGGGUGACACCCUUAUCCUUCAUAAAGCACUAUCAAAUGACACUGGAGUCUACCAGUGUGAAGCCUCCAACACACACGGCACUGUACUGGCCACCGCCAACGUCAUGGUCAUGAAUCAUCCGCCUUUGAUUCUGACGCGGGAUUAUCUGGAGUACGCCACUGUCCGAGGGAAGAGCGUCACGAUGGACUGCAGAGUCUUUGGUUCUCCACCUGCCACCGUCCACUGGAGAAGGGAAGACCCAGAGGGCUCGGUGGAAGAGGAGAGGUUCUCUAUCCAUGAAAACGGCUCGCUGCAGAUUCACACGGCUGAGGUGGAAGACAUGGGCAAAUAUAUGUGCUACGCUACAAACUCACAGGGCACUGCCAGCAUCAGCGCAGAGCUUUAUGUGAAAGAGCCGACCAGAAUUGUGGUCCCUCCCCAAGACAUGGAGGUCAGAAGAGGCUCCACGGCAGAGCUUGAGUGCCAGGCGGAUAUGGACCAGUCGCUCAGAGAAGAUCUGGAAAUUCUGUGGCGGAAAGAUGGGAUCGAUAUAUAUUCCAAUUUCACUGAUGAUUCAGGAUUCUACAUUGAUGAGAGAAUACUGUAUAUAUUCAAUGCGAAUCACAGCGAUGGAGGACUGUACACCUGCAUCGCGAGAACCCCUCUGGAUGAAGACACAGCAGCUGCACGUGUCACAGUGCUGGAUGUUCCUGAUCCUCCAGUACGGCUGUUCUUAUCUGAUUUGAGAGACCGUAGUGUGAGGCUUCACUGGGUGCCCACCAAGGACCAUAACAGCCCUGUAAAAGAACACAUCAUCGAAUAUGAGGAGAACCACUGGGAUCCUGGGAAGUGGAAGCCACUUUUGCGUGUAUCUGGCAACCAGAACUCCGCCCCGCUGUCAUUAUAUGGCCACAUUAAUUACCAAUUCAGAGUCACCGCUGUCAACGCCAUAGGCGCAGGCCGUCCCAGCAAACCCUCUGAGAGAUAUAAAACGCCUCCCGCUGCCCCUGAUAGGAAUCCGGAAAAUAUUAAGAUUGAGGGUCAUGUGCCUCAUCAGAUGCACAUCACUUGGAAGCCUUUGUUGCCCAUAGAACACAAUGGGCCUGGUCUAGAGUAUAAGCUGAGCUACAGGCAGCUGGGCGUUGAGGAUACCUGGACUGAGCACACCAUGGAGAGACACUUGUUUGUUGUGAAAGACACCCCAACAUUUGUUCCUUAUGAGAUCAAGAUCCAGGCCCGCAACCACCUUGGCUGGGCUCCAGAACCCAGAGUGGUGACCGGAUAUUCAGGGGAGGACUUGCCGCUGGCAGCUCCUGAGGACGUGUCUGUGGUGGUGUUGAACUCCACGCUGCUCAGGGUCAGCUGGUCCCCCAUCCCCCAGGCCCAGCUGAGGGGCCACCUUGGCGGAUACAGCGUGCACUGGUGGAGAACUCGAAGCCUGUUGACCUCUAAGGAAGUUCCUGCUGAGAAGCAGUUUCUCACUCUCACGGGGAACAGGAGUCACACCAUGGUUCCUGGGCUGAAGCCUUUCUCGGAAUACCGCCUCACUGUCAACGUCUUCAACAGGAGGGGCAACGGCCCCAGCAGCAGCCCGCUCACCUUCACAACACCGCAGGGAGUUCCUGAGAGACCUCCUAUACUGAGAGCUACAAACCCCCAGGGCGACUCCAUCACUCUGGUGUGGGCACCACCACUCGAAGCCAAUGGCAUCCUCACAGGCUACAGGCUACAGUACCAGCUAAUCAAUGAAACAAUGGAAGUGGACGAAGCUCACACAGUAAACAUCAGUGGACCGGACACAACCCAGCUGGUUCUUCCUAACCUGAAGCUGCACAGUCAGUACCAGUUCUACCUGAGUGCUUGCACUGUGGUGGGCUGUGGACCUGCUGUCAGUGAAGAAGAGGGCACUGUACGCACAGCAGACGCAUUUCAUGAAGAGUCCACGACAUCAGUGGCCACAUCGAUCAAUUCAUUUCAAGAAGAAUCCACGACGUCGUUCGCCACAUCGACAGAGAUCACUGAUUUUUCUUCACCGGCAUUCACGACCUCCCCUGAGAUGAGGCAGCCUUUCUCUUUUACUUCAUCCUAUACUGUCGUUGCUACCGACAACCCCACCAUGUCCCACAUAGCACUGUUCAACAUAAGCACCACUGUUAGCCACAGCUUUGCAAACAUCAGCUGGACAGCAAAAGGAAGACAGUCAGACUCAGAAAUCUAUGUUGCAAUUAUGGACCACAGUGAUGGUAUCUGGAGGAUUUCUGAAGCUGUAAACACGUCUCAGUCUUUCCAUGUGAUUGAGGGACUGGAACCAGAGACUGUGUACACAGUCCGACUGCUGGCUUCCCGCUGGCCUGAUAACUCUAGUCUUUUUGAGGAGGUUUUCACGACAAGAGGGAAAGGUAUGGCAGGUGUGUCUGAAAGCAUUUCAUCCAGAGGCUGGUUUGUGGGUAUGAUGUGUGCCGUGGCCUUGCUCACUCUGGCAGUUCUCAUCGCAUGCUUCGUGACCAGGAACAAAGGCGGAAAGUAUGCAGUGAAAGAAAAGGAAGACGUUCGGAUGGAUCUGGAGGCUCACUGUGUUCAGGAAGAGACUUCCGGUGAAUACAGUGACAGUGACGAGAAGCCUCUUAAGAGAAGCAAGCGAUUGCUAGAAGGAGACGUCAGCGGGGACGACACCAGCGUGGACAGCUCGGUCGACUAUGAGGACGAGGACUCCGAGUUCAACGAAGACGGGUCGUUCAUCGGUGAAUACGCGGGCCAUAAGCGAAAGCUGUCCGCGGAGGUGAACGGACACACCACAAUGACUGCCUGAGAGAGAUUCCCUCUCUGGCUCUUUUGGACUGUUUAAGGUGUUGGGGUGAAUGUCAGCUUGCUUGUGUUAUAAGACGACUGGGGUCUGUUUGUGUGUACAGAGUGGGUGCAAAGUGUCCAUAGAGGAGCUGCCUUUGGAAUUCCUGCAAAAUUUUGAGUGGGUGGUAGUUUAGAGGAACGCUACAGAAUUCCGGAGCUUGAUCUGAAGCUCUGUAGUGAACUGUUGCUCACCACAGACACACAUCCCUGUACGUAGUGAAAGAAAACCCAAUAAUGGAA